ACUUAAAUUAAAGGUGGAAACUUUGGUAACAAGAAGCAGAAUUUUAGGUGCAAGAGAGAAUGGAGAUCUCUUCCAAAUGCAGUUGCGAAGAAAAGGCUGCAUCAAUUCGAAAGCUGGCUUUAUCCCAGCCGGAAUCGCCCACUGUUAUUGAUCUUGAUGCCAUUUUUUUCAGCAGUUUGAAUGAGGAAUUGGUAGUAGAGAUACUGUUGAGAUUACCCAGAACCGAAUCAGCUCGAUACCAAUUGGUUUGCAAGCGCUGGUAUUCACUGAUCUCUUCUCAUUACUUCAUUGGCCGCUCAAGUCCCUUUAACCAUACCAUUGUUUUCCAGUUUGAAUACAAUUGCAAGUGUUCAUGUAACUCACCCCCCUGUAGACCUAUCUCUCAUUCUUCCCUAAAGUUAUUUUCUUCGGACCCCUCUUCCGACCACUCCUUGUUGCUCCAGGUCUACGGAAAGCAUGACAUCAAAUUAAGUUAUCUGCCCUGCCCCCCUCAACGCCUCCACAAAAUCAGGCUGGUGGGCGCCUUCGCCGACCUAAUAUUGUGCUAUUAUUAUUCCACCACUCCUAUACCGCACACCACCCUGAAAAAAAAGCAAAUAAACUAUUAUGUCUCCAAUCUGCUCACCCGCCAGUGGAUUCCUCUCCGUCCAGUUGGGGACUCCAGGGACGACGCUGCUGUUGGCUUUCUAUGUCUUCCGCCUUCUUCUUCUGAAUCCUGUAACUCUCGCUAUAACAGGUUCAUUGUCGUGAGGAUUCCCUAUGUUAUGCGACCAACCCGUCCUGAGGUUGAAGUCCAAGUCUUUUCAUCAGAGGAGGGUAGAUGGAGGAGAAGAUUUGUUUCAUCCCCUUUGCCCUCGAGAUCUUACAAUAUAAGCCGGCCUCUGGUUGCAUAUAGAGGGCUGCUGCAUUGGCUUAAAACGGACUGCAUUGCGGUUUACGACCCGCUUAACAGCCCUAAAAGAUUCUCUCGCAUCAUUCCGCUGCCGACCCAAUCACCCGAUUUUCCAUCUGAGGGCACCACUGGUUGCUUUGGGAUAUGCCAAGAUCGCAUUCGUGUUUCGCGAAAGACGCGUGUAGGAACUCUUGUACUGCAUGUAUGGGAACUUGAAGACUACGACUCUGGGUUGUGGAAGCUGGUUCACAAGGUUGUCCUUCAAAGCAUUUUGUCUCAAGUUUCACAUUUUGCCGAUGAUGGUUGGGUUGGUUCUCGUGCUUUCUGUGUACUGUAUUUUGAUCCAAAAAAUGGUGAUGAUGUGUAUUUCAGUAUGUGUAACAGCAUCCUCUGUGUCGACAUCAAACGAGGAAUAAUAAAGCACCACCGCAGUAUAUGCCCCGCUCCGGCGUCUGUGUGGUCUUGGCGUAACACUUUUCACCUUGAUAAUCACUGGUGUCCAACACAUGUAUCAUCAUUUCAACACUAAGCAUUAUGUAUGGCACCCUAGGCUUCACACUGUCUAUUAAAGAAAUUUUGGGGGUGAUAGGCGGAGCAUCAGAAGUGGCCACGGGUGCUAUACAAGAACGAUUUGCACGUCUUCUUUGUGAUCCUGAAGAUGGCUGCUUCUGCUAGUGCAAAAAAACUGAUGCAUAAAAGGAUGCCCUCUUUGAGGGCAAAGACUUCUGGUUGGACUGCAUUUGUCGAAAAGGAAAGACAGAAACAAUAAGGGAUUAGCCCCAGCUUGAAAGUGACCCUUUUCCUCCUAUAUCACUCUCUAAUACUCGCUCAACUGAGCCCUCCUACGAGGCAAAGAAUACAUGUACUAUAUUGGAGAAGACUUUUUCUUCAGUCAUUUUACCUUCUCCAAAUUUUCCACCGUUGGAGCGAAAUAUAGGCUCUAAAAAUAAUCGAAUAAGUGUUGAACAUGUGAAUUCCAGCCAGCUCAACAUUGCUUCCAAAAAGGGGGAUGAUGUUGAUUUGUAUAAAAAAAAUAAAGAAGCUUUACUCGUGGGAAGAUGAAGGCCUGACCAAAGAUAUUAUGGUUGGGGUAGAUUAUGAACUUGAUCAGGUUGUAAUGUUAUUGGGAGCAAUGGUUUCUCUGGAUCAGAGACUUGUGUUGCAUGAGGAAUUGAGGAUUCAGAAUUCGAGAAAUCUGAGACUAGCGAAGAGAAACACAUAAAAAGUGAACAAGCCAAAGAAGAUGUUUCAUUUGGAGAAGACAUGAACGUGGAAGAUUUCGACAACGAUAUAAAUAAGCGUGUGAAUCCCAGUAGCACAGAUUUGAUCGAUGCACGACUUGGUGUUUUUAGAUUUGUACCAAUUGAGCCUGAGUUAUGGGAAGAAGAUGAUGUAUACUCAAUACAAAGAAAGGAUGCUCUAAGGGUGAUGAGGUGGGUGGCAUCCUUUUUUUUUUUUGAAAAAUAUAUUUUAUUUUGAAAAUGUUACUACCUGAUUGCAUUACUAGCCUUUAUACUAGUACUUUACUUUGUGCUCCUGUUUACACUCCAUUGGUUAUAAAUACUUUGGAGGGACAUUUAAUCUACUGGUGGAUUACUUUUAUUCUUUACUUCUAUUCAAGGAUGAGAAUGUCACAUUCGUAACAUUGUUGAUAGCAUUUGUUCAAAAAACUAUGCAUCAUGUGGAUUAGACCUGGACUCGGGCCGGUUCGGGCCCGGUUCGGGCCUGGGCCCGGCCGGGCCUCGGGCCAGGAUAGUUGGGCCCGGGCCCGAACCGCAGGUGGGCGGUUCCGGUUCCGGGCCAAACCGGGCCGGGCCGGGCCUACCCGGAAUUUUUUUUUUUUUUUGGCUCUUCUAUUUAACCCCCAACCCCUCCCCCUCAACCCCAAACUACCCCAAACCACCUCAAAUGGCCCAAAAUACCUAAUCCAACCCAAAACUUAAAACAAAUUCAAAAAAAAAAAAAAUUAAAAAUCGAACCGAACCGGGCCCGAACCGGCCGGGCCGGUUCGCCAAAACCUCGGCCCGAGCCCGAACCGCCCAGCAGCCGGGCCGGGCCGAACCGAACCGGUGGGCCCACCGGGCUCCGGGCCGGGCCGGGCCUCACAGUAACCG